UAAAUAAAGUCCGGUUUCACCUCUAACCGUACCUUUUGGAAAAGAUAGGGAAUUUCAAAGGGAAGUCGCAAACAUUUCCCAAGAGAGAUAAACUUGAAAUCAAAUCCAAGAACUUUCUGCAUUAUCAUCGUCCUGGUUUCCAAUGGCUAUGGCUGCCAUAGCCGCUUCAGAGCUAUGCACUUCCAUAUUAACACCAAAGAUUUCUUCGCUUGCGCACUUUUCCCCUUCUUUGACACGUACUCGUAAUCUUCUAUUACUUGGCCAUCACAAUUGGAAACAGAGACCAGCAAAAAGAUUAGUCAUUCGAGCUGCCCGAAUACAAUCCAAAGCAGUGCCCCUCAAAUCCAGAGCCCCAAAUUUUGAGCUUCCAGAGCCUUUGACUGGAAAGGUUUGGACAUUGGAAGAUUUCGAAGCAUACCCUGCUCUACUGGUGAUGUUCAUAUGUAAUCACUGUCCUUUUGUUAUUCACUUGAAGCGAGACAUUGUAAAACUUGCCAAUGAUUAUGACCGAAAAGGGCUUGCAACUGUAGCUAUCUCAUCCAAUUCAAUUGUUACUCACCCUCAGGAUGGUCCAGAUUUUAUGGCUGAGGAAGCUAAGAGUUUUGAUUAUCCAUUUCCAUAUCUUUAUGAUGAGACACAAGAAGUUGCACAUGCUUUUGGAGCGGCUUGCACCCCAGAUUUUUUCAUUUUCAAGAAGGAUGGAAGACGACCAUUUGAGCUUUCUUAUCAUGGACAAUUUGAUGAUUCACGACCUAAUAACAAUAGACCCAUUACAGGGCGAGACUUGAGAAUAGCAUUGGAUUGUGUGCUAAGUGCUCGACCCAUAAGUAUUCCACAAAAACCAAGUAUUGGAUGCAGCAUCAAGUGGCACCCAGGUAGCAUGAAAUAGUCUUCUUUGUAGCUUGGGAUAAGCUGUGGUUAAUCAUAAUCAAAAUUUGUUACAUGAGUUGUCACAAUGUUAGAUGUUGGGAACUCUAGCAUUUAUUUCAUUGAGAAAUAUUACUUAUGCUCUAUCACUAUGGUAUGUGAAUCAUGUAGAAAUAUGUAAGAUGAUGGUAUGUGAAUCAUGUAGAAAUAUGUAAGAUGAUUGAUUUUUAUAGGGAUAGGAGAAGUGGAUUUAAACAGAUGAAGGGUAAAACAUUUUGCAAUUGAUAAAUUUUUCUUGUGGGUAAUAUUGGACAUAGAUUCCAUGAUUGACAAGUAUUAUUUGUUGCAAUGCACCACAUCCAAUAAAUUGAACACAUUAUUUCACCAA